AUGUUGGGUGGGUGGGAUGGGUAGACAGGCCGUGUGCAUGCUCCUAUGCAUGUGCGUGCAGCUAGUUUAGUGCGUGACAUGGACAGGAUCCCGUCCAGGGAUACAGACACAAGUCUGGCUGAACACAAUAAGCAACCAACCCACAUCUAUUGACAGCAACAAUCAAAGCACUCGCUACCUACCCAUGUACAUCGUAGCCUGUCCCUGAUGGCCACCCCGAGCCCGACCUGCGCCAGAUCCCUCCCCGCUUCAAGUAUACCCACCUCCCACCUCCCCAGGAUCCCUCCCCCGCCCCUCAACCCGCCGCUCACACACGUCGUGGUCAGCUUGCAGCAGCCCUCCGCCAGGCAGAGCAGACAGCGCAACAACGGCACGAGGAGCACCUGCAGCGAGAGAUCGCCGACGUCGAGAGGGCCAUCGAGCAGACCAAGAACGAGUCGGUCGACGUCAACAGCAUCGCCCUCCCCAGGGGGCUGCACAGAGCCAACACUCACCAGGAUGGGAGCGGAUGGGUUGCACAGCAUGCGGGGUGUCAGCGUUAUUUCGGCAAUGACCUGAACGACGGAGAGAGGAGGGCGCUGCUUGCGGCCCUGAAGUGCAGGAAGCGGCACCUGCAGGGCCACGGGUGUCCCAAAUGCAAUGACGGGGGGAGAGGGUGGGAGGAGUUCCAGAAACAGGAGAAUCAGAGGCUGAAGGUCAAGCGCAUCGACAGAUUCAUCAAGGAGGUCGAGGCCGGACGUGAGGUGACUCUUCCCAAUGGGAUUGGAGUUCACAGGCCGACUUACUCUAAGACCACAUGGGUACGAACAGAAACACAUCACGUGCAUUCGUGGAAAUCCGACCCAUCAGUCGUAUCAUACUGUUUGCGUGCAGCGCAUGUCCCACAAGGCGCCCGGUCGACCGCAGUGUCGGAUUCCGUUCACUUACGGCACGGUCGACUACCCCACCAGCAUGGACGCCCUGCUCGCGGCUCUCCAGUGCAAGCGGCAGCACCUGGUGGAUGGUCAGUGCGUCGAGUGUGCGCAGCCGGCUGACAUGCAUGAUACCGAGGAGGCCGAGGAGGCGGGGCCCCAGCUCACGGGCCGUGAUGGGCGGCAGCUUGCGGCCAUCAAUGCUGCACUCGGGGUGAUCAAGAACGGCGAGGUGCCGCCUCUCAAGGGGACAGGUCUCAUUCGAUACAAGUACCCAUCACCAUUACGCUGUGAUGAAGCACAUGCGCAACAAAAAAAAGUGCAGAGAGGCAUUUCCGUGGUGCACCCAGUCUGGCAAGCUGGAAGCAAUUCGGGACGCUCUUGUGCUCAAGUACGACCAUGUGUCGGGCACGAAGUGCUGUCAAUGAGAUUAGUCGCGCAAUUACUUUCUAUGUAUGGUCCACUGUGAUGGUGGGUCGUUUGUGCGCGCAAUGGAGAAAUUUUCCCGUUCUAG